UUCAUACCUCUUAUAAAUAUGGCUUCAUUUUUGCCACAUCUAAUAUGGUUUAUGGCAAUACUUUUGAUAUCCAAGAAUGUAGAAGCAAGUCAUAAACCAUAUGACUAUACAUGGAGAAAAUAUUAUAGUUACAAAUCAUUUCCAAAGCCAGCACCAGUAUCUGCGCCUUCUAACUCUAAUAAGUCACCACGACAACCAUCUCCAUCACCACAAACACCAACCCAAAAGUAUUACGCUUCAGAAUGGUCCUCUCCUCAGCCUUCCCCUACUUACAAUGACAAGAAUACUGUAAGUUCACCAACCAUAUCACCAUUAUCGCCAUCUCCAUACAAGUAUAGUUCCCCGCCCUCACCUUCAGGAUGGGCUCCAUCCCCAUAUCACUAUUCAUGGGCAUCAUCGUCUGUACUUGCGCCUUCACAAUGGUUCUCUCCUCAGCCUUCCCCAAUACCGUCGCCUUCUUACUAUGACAAGACUCAAAGUCCACCCACCCCAUCACCACUUCCAAAUUACUAUUAUAAAUCGCCACCUCCUCCAUAUGUUUACAACUCUCCACCACCGCCAUCACCAUCUCCGCCACCUCCUUAUUACUAUAAAUCUCCUCCCCCACCAUCACCUUCUCCACCUCCUCCAUAUGUUUACAACUCUCCACCACCGCCGUCACCUUCUCCACCUCCUCCAUAUGUUUACAACUCUCCACCACCGCCGUCCCCUUCGCCACCUCCUCCAUAUUAUUACAUGUCACCACCCCCACCAUCCCCUUCGCCUCCGCCCGUUUACUAUUACAACUACCCUCCACCACCUCCAUCUUACUAAAAUAAAUUUUCACAUUAUUCUCUGUUCCUAAAACAUAGCAGUGUACUAUUGCCAAUCACCUCCUUUUGAAUUUUAUUCUAUCUACUUUUCACGACAGUUUUCUUUUAUUUGUGCAACAGAUCAUGUAUCAUUUGCAUGUGCUUCUUUUGAUCCUUAUUUAUUUCAAUAUAUGUAUUGGCCUCCAUUUACUUUUGUUAG